CCCCCGGCCCCGUGCCCCCCCCCCCCCCCCGGCGGCGCUCCGGGGGGACCGGACGCCUCAGCGGGGAGCGCUGAAGAUCCCGUGACCCAUCUUCAUCCUUGUGACACAAACCUCUAUUCCUGUCAUACCCGGGAGGAAACUGCAGCACAGAGAGAUUAAAACCAAGACUCAGGAAAGCCAGCAGCCUUGAGCUAGUGCCUGACACGAUGUUCUGCAUGUCAGAGGUGUUGGCCACCGCAGCGCCUAUUAGAGACCAGUUUGGAAACGCUGGCUUAGGAGAGAAACAAACGUGUUCUCCCUAUUCCCAGACCCAACAGAGCCCAGCACAGAGCGGUCCUGGCUGUGGGAGAAGCUCUGUUGGUGCAGGCAAUGGAAGAAUGCCAGCUCGCAGCAGCUGAGGAUCUGGUUCCUCUUCUGUUCUGUUCUGUUCUAUUUGUGCAUGGACUAUGCUGAAACCUGCCAGCGAUAGGUCGUAGCUGUCCCUGGCCAUAGAGCGGCCGUCAGAGACUUGGAGUGUGCCCAGCCUGCAGAUCAAAUUCCAAGCACCAGGAUGACAACUGGGAAAGGAGGGUGGUGGGAAAGAUCAUCCACCCCCAGCUCUACUGUUGUAAGCUGUGGGCCCUGGGCCAUACUUGCACUCAGCCUCCCCAUUUGGCCCUCUGCAACCUGGACCAGAAGGGGCUUGGGAACAGAAAUGCCCUUAUCUGGACCUGGAACUAGUUGUCUAAGCUGUGUCAGAAACCUUUCAUACAGGACUGCUUUUAGAGCUAGGUCUCUGGGCUUGGGAAUCCUUCAGCAUGGACAGGACCCCGAGAGCAUGAACAAGAGCCACUGUUCCCACUUGACCAGAAUUUCAGCUGGCUAAUUUUAACCUAGCCUAACUUUAUUCAGAGGAGCAAUGCACAGCAGCACAGUGUGUGGUCCACGCAAAAGGGGUCUUUCUUACCCAAAGGCUUGGUAUCAGCUUCAACAUCCAAGUUCCAGUGGUUUUCCAUAACUGACACUGCAUUGAGAUGAAGGCCUAAGCCAUUUUGUUUCCAAAAUUCAGGAGCUGAUCGAGAUCUAGAGCCAUACUUUGCAAAGCCCUUGGGCCUGCUUCACUCCUUUCACUUAGGCUCUUUUUCCACUUUUUGUUUCCUUGGUGGUGGCUUUUUUUAAAAUGUGAAUUAUCGUCAUGGAGAGUUUCCCUGAAUAGCACAAAUCAAUGAUUCUCUCUGAGGAGCUGCUCGCUCUGCCCAAUACCUGCUCAACAAUUCCUUCCCUUUCCCUGCCGGGCUGCAGCUGCUGCUGCUGCCGCUGCUGUGGCACUCAGAUUUCAAAUUUGCCAUCUUUGUGCCCGAGUGUCCACUACAUGUGAGCUCCACUGUGGUCAGUAAUGGCUGGGGAGAUCCAGGCAGAAAACAGUGUGGUUCCUAUGAAGAAAAACCACCAGCAAUGAUGCCACAGGACAGGUCUCACAUGAGGGUCUUUGAUACAAAGGGCAGCUCUCUGCUUCUGUAGCUGAUGGGUGAGGACAACAGCUUGGUAAAAGGAGCUACCAAGAGCUGGCAGGAUGAGUUACAGCUCACCCUCUGUGCAUGACUUGUAUCACAGCACCACCACCACGGCCAAGCCAGACCCAGGGACAACUCUGGAUGUGACUGUACCAGAAACAGCUACCAUAAGCCCUGAGACUACCAGUUUCAACAGCACCAAAAUCCCAGAUGUGGCCAACACUGGACCCGGCAUGAGCACAAUGCUGCUGUCCUUUGGGAUCAUUACUGUGAUUGGGUUGGCUGUAGCUAUGGCCCAAGGAGGAGUUUUUCCAAAAGCCCCUAGGAGAACCUGGAAACAUUAUCCUGGAAACGGUCAUAAGUUCCCAAGAGCAACAUCCAGCGUUCGUAGUUCUCAGAACAAGGCUCUGGAGGCCACAAGCCUCACUUUCUUCCCAGCGCAGCCACUCUUACAGGCUGACACGAGGUUCUGUAUAUCAGGAAGAGGAAGAGGCUGGAGAAGCUACGGCACCAACUCAUGCCCAUGUACAACUUUGAUCCCACCGAGGAACAGGAUGAGCUGGAGCAGGAGCUGCUGGAACACGGGCGAGAUGCAGCAUCUUCCCAGGCAUCGCAGAGCAAGUGUACCAAGAGGUAGGAGAAAUAGGGAAGAAGGGCUUCUCACCAUCGUUUGCAGCCAGCUUCACGGUGUUUUCUGUUUCCUUUGUCACCACCACCACACAAAAAGCCUUUCUGAAAGACAGAGCCGGCAGGGAUGGUUGGAACAGACGUUGCCAAUGCCAUCAAUGCGUGAACAAUACCUGCCCCUGCUCUGGGAUCGUGUUGAGACUGGGGAGGAUGAAGCCAACAAACCAGUGACUUCCCGCAAGCAUGGCCGAUCCACUGAGCCCAGCUGGUCACCCCGUUGGUUUGUGUUACAAAUGGGCACAAGCACUGGGAACUCUCGUCACUUUGGGAAGCAAACCCUUUGUGAUGGCAGUGGUGAUUUUUUGGUGCGUCUAUUACCACUAAAAGGUCCUGAGCUCCAGUUUCUGGGCUGGUGCUGACUAAUACCAUCUACCAAGCUGCGUGCUUAGGAACAGUGCCUGCUUUGUUGUAGAUUAACUUGUCAGAGCACAUGUGCAUGCUCUCUGGGUCAGGGAAGGAGGAGAGAUGCAUGUUUCAGAGAGCUUCCCCAUUGGCUUUGUGCCACCAGACCCCAAGGAGAGCGAUGAAUGAGCCUCUCCCUACAGUGACUGCAGACUUUGGCAGAUCCUGGAGGGGUGACUGGUGGCAAAGCCCCUUUGAGCAAGGAGAGCUGACUCCUCUAGCUGAGCGGUAAUCUGGGGCAUGCCAAGGAGAACACAUACUAUGGGCUUAUCCCCGUUGUGGCACGUGGGCUGCUGAUAAAUGUGUGCCCGGGGUAAUGUUGAAGCAUGGGGAAUUUACUAGCUUUAAAAAGUGAAAUCGUGACCAUUUGGCUGAUUACAUCUUAACUGAGGAAGUGGCUGAAUAUCCCAAAUUAGGGCUGCUGUAUAGACAGAGGGGAAUUCACACAGCUAGAGGCAGGGGGUGUCAAUGUCUGGCUAUGUGACUCCCUGCUGCUGAGCUAGCGAUAAUGGUGCUUGGGCCACAGAGAGGAGUCCAGCAGAACUGGGGUUCCGGUACCAUGCAUCGCCCUCCUGCUUUGGCUCAGGGAAGUUUCUACAGUGCAGAGUGUUAUCUAGAAAAAAAGAUCAAGCCUUGAAAUAUUUGCUUUUAAAUAAGGAAAAACAUGUAUUGGCUCAAUAUUACAACAGCCCCAUGUCUGCCCCCAGAGGUGACUGAACAGCUGGUUCGUACUGCCUUACCUGCCAGGAUCUGCAGUCAGAGCCUUCUCUUCUUCCUGCUGAAGGAAACACGGAGCUUUGUGUUAGCCUCUGCUCAUGUUACCUGCUAAUGCAGAAGGUGGGACUAGACAGGUAAGCCAGGAGUUUCCCUGUAACCCUGAAGCAUCCCUCUGCCUGUGCGUCCUUCAGGGCUGCAGGAGGGAGAGAGCGUGAAGGGGUCUCUGGCCACCUUGGCAGGCUGCAGCGUGGUAUGGGGGCUGUCCUCCGCAGAGCCUUUUGGUGGCCACCAGCCCUGAGUGCUGCAGGGCAGCACAGCAGCCGAGGCCAGUAGCAGAGCCUGCAAUGCAAGCAUCAGUACCCAGCCACGCACUGAUCACCUCCUGAUUUUUUCUGCAGUAUGUGCAUUUGUUAGUCAGAUCAUAUUCCAUCCACAGCACCAGUCAAAAGGGAAUCAGGGCAGGCAAAAGUUUGAAUGCAGAUCUAAAGGUAGGCUUUAUGCAAGGUGAUCUGUCACUGAAUGGCAAUUCAGGUAUUAUGUGCUUUGUUGCAAGUUUGGACCUGCCAGUUAGUUUUUGUUCUCCCAAAUAUUUUUUUUUCUUCCCUACUGUGAUUUUGGUUUUUCUCCUGUGUUUAUUAAAUGCAGCCUCUUUCCUGGGCAUGUGCCACUGACCCCUGCAGCGCACAGUUGCUUACCAGCCCUCCCUCCUUCACUGGCACGGCUUCCUUCAUGGCAGUUUUACAGGGCUAAGUUGCUUUAAUUUUUCAGUAUCUCUCUUUUUAAAACCAGGGAGUUCUGGGAGUGUAUUAGGGCUAGGAGUGUCAUCACCUAUGGAAAGCGGUCCCUCCUCCAUACCCAGGAGAUCUGGUAGGAGGCACUCCCAGGCUGCUGGUUGCUGCUGGUGUUUGCACUCCAGGGAUACUGUUGGAAGGAAGGUAUGUGGGUACAAAUACUCCUUAGAAUUUGGACACUAUCUGUGGGUCUUCCCAGAGGUUAUGCCUGUGUGACCAGCUGAGAAGCCAAUAAAUCACCACACGCACACGUGCACACUUACUAUCUCCUCCAAGCACUCACUGAGGGCAGCCAGCCACAGACAUCAGACUUCUCCCUUCAGCAGCUGGUGCGUCACUACCUGUCACACUCCUAUGCUCUGCAGCAGGACAGGGAUGCAGGCGGCAGCAGGGGUGCAUGGCUGUCCUAAAUCGUAACAUUUCCCCUAGAACUCUUAGGAUUGGAACUUCAUUUGUUGGUUUAAAGUCAAUAAAAGGCAAGCGUAAGCUGAGCUGUUUCCUCAAACUGUUGGCCUACUUUGUGCUCUUUACCCAACUCCAUGUGCUGCACAGGCAGCUGCCAAGCAGUGCAGCUCAGGUGCUAAAACAUGCACCUUGUUCCACGUUAAUACUGAGAUGUAUCUUGUCUAACAAACACACCUACAGAGGAAUUCUCUUUAACCAUUCUUCCUGUAAUGGUAGGCUUUGUCCUGUGAUGACUGCCCUUAGAUUAAAGAAGUACAGGUAAUAAGACUAAAAGAAUAUUACGGGUAUUUGCUGGGCUUGUACUGGAGUAUUCUUUUAGUUCAAUAGCACCUCCUCUCACAGUUCUUGGAAGUAUAUGUACAAUUUAGCAGAAGCAUUAUGAUGUAAUUUAAUUCAAGUGUUUCUGUGUUUUAAGCAUUGAAAUAUAAUUAAACUAUUUACAUGAAA